AUGUCUCAAAGCAAAAGAAUUCAUUUCUCGUUAGUUUUUGCAAUGGAGCCCGUGGUGUUGGAUGUGGCAAAAGUGUACGAAAGUCAGAAGGAUGUGCUGAAGAAGGAGGAUGUGAUGGCACUAAAGGAAUGGGCGGAUUCAAAGAAAUUCUACGCUGCGGAAUUUGAUGAACUUGAAUUAAUUUUCUUCCUCUGCGAAUGUGAAUAUGACGUGGAAAAGGCCAAGAAGCGCAUCACAAAUGCCACAAUCUUCCAGAGUAGAUCGAGCAUUUUUCAAAAUAUGGAUUUUAGGAGUGACGAACUAAAGGCCGCAAUGGACACUGUACUUGUCUCCUGUCUCACACUGAAAGACGAAAUUCCUGGUCAAUUGGCAAUCUACAUGCGUGUCUUGUGCGAAGAUGCAAAAUUGGUGAAUGCCUCAAAUCUCAUUAAGGUAUUCAUAUCGUACUCGUAUUUAUGGUUUCGCUCUGAGGUGCCCCCAGUCAACCACAUUCUAAUCGUCGAUCUCGAUGUAGUCACUUUGGCCCACUUGGGGACCCUCGACCUGCGCACGUUGCGCGAAUUGUCCUGCUUCUACAAUCACUUCUACUUCGGCACACUCAUGAAGGUGCACCUCAUCAAUGUUGGCCCGUGGAUUGAUCGCCUUUUGGGACUCCUGAAGACCACGAUGGGACGGGAGUUUAGUGAGAAAAUCUGCGUGCAUCGCGAUGCGAGUAAUUUGCACGAGUUCAUGGCACUUGGGCACUUGCCGAAGGAAUUGGGUGGUGAUUUUCUCUCAUUUAACCAAUUGCAUGUGGGUAUGAAGGAAUUGCUGGAGAAGCACGCUGAUGAGCUGAUGAAUAAGUAUAAAGUACAUUCGAGUGGAUUUCUCCAAAUUCAUUCAGCACCACACACUGAACCCGAUCUAUUUGGCGUUGAUGGUACAUUUAGGCAACUUGAAGUGGACUAACCAACGAUCUUAUUCCUUGCAGAAUGAGCAUUGAUGUUAAAUCAUUUUUCAAUUUUCUUAUUUUAUUCGAUUUUCAAGUAAUUUUUCGACAAUUGAAUGAAAUGCUCCAUAUUGCUUAAUUUUCUAAUAAAUCCAAAUAAAUAAACCAAAUCAUUCCUCCCACACAUUGUAAAUGAAUUAUUAAAAUAAUGUAAAAUAUAGAUCAUAAAAUUUUGUGGGCUCUUCCAAAAGCCAUUGUAUGCAAAUUAAAUUCAUUUUAUAACAUUUAUUCCGGUGAUUUCAAUAAAAGUAAAAAUUCGCAUUU